GCAACGCCGAAGAUAGAUGGCUGCUCCUCCGCCAAACUCGGUGCCUGAGGCGUACCAGGCCGGCACGUCUUUGGCGGUGCCGCCAUGGUUGAACAAAGGCGAUAACGGGUGGCAGAUGAUAGCGGCGACCCUCGUCGGCCUGCAGAGCGUGCCUGGUCUUGUCAUACUCUACGGUAGCAUUGUCAAAAAGAAGUGGGCCGUGAAUUCGGCUUUCAUGGCUUUAUACGCUUUUGCUGCCGUUAUAAUCUGUUGGGUAACGUGGGGAUACAAGAUGUCCUUCGGACACAAGCUCCUUCCCUUCUGGGGAAAAGCCGGCCCCGCUCUCGGACAAAAGUUUCUCCUCGAAUGGGCUACGCUGCCUGAAACUAAUCAGUACUUCAGUAACGGCGAGCUCGAGACGGCCAUGAUUCGGCCAUACUACCCCAUGGCAACGAUGGUGUGGUUUCAGUGUGUUUUUGCUGCGAUCACGAUCAUACUUUUGGGGGGAUCGCUGUUGGGGAGGAUGAACAUUAAGGCUUGGAUGAUGUUUGUGCCACUUUGGCUUACUUUCUCUUACACUGUUGGAGCCUUCAGCUUGUGGGGUGGAGGGUUCUUGUUUCAUUGGGGUGUCAUGGAUUAUUCAGGUGGUUAUGUCAUCCAUCUUUCUUCAGGAAUUGCCGGAUUCACAGCUGCUUACUGGGUAGGACCAAGAUCAAGAAAAGACAGAGAGAGAUUUCCUCCAAACAACGUAUUGUUAAUGUUGGCAGGAGCAGGGCUAUUGUGGAUGGGUUGGGCGGGGUUCAACGGUGGAGAUCCUUAUGCAGCCAAUAUUGACUCCUCCAUGGCCGUCCUUAACACCAACAUUUGCGCCGCUACCAGCCUCUUAGUCUGGACGGGGCUCGACGUCGUCUUCUUCAAUAAACCCUCUGUCAUUGGAGCAGUUCAGGGCAUGAUUACCGGACUCGUUUGCAUCACACCUGGUGCAGGCCUUGUUCAAGGAUGGGCAGCAAUAAUCAUGGGAAUUUUGUCAGGCAGUGUUCCAUGGUUCACGAUGAUGAUCGUACACAAGAGGUCGAAACUUCUCCAGAAUAUUGACGACACGCUCGGCGUUUUCCACACCCAUGCCGUGGCUGGGUUGCUGGGCGGAAUCCUCACCGGGAUCUUUGCAGAGCCCCAGCUAUGCAAGCUUUUUCUGCCCAUCACAAGCUCCAGGGGAGGCGUCUACGGAGGAUCCGGAGGAAAGCAGGUCCUCAAACAGAUCGUGGGUGGCUUAUUCAUCAUUGGAUGGAACCUCGUGGUCACCACUAUUAUCUGCAACGUGAUAAAUUUGGUGACCCCUCUGCGCAUGUCAGAGGAAGAAUUACAGAUAGGGGAUGAUGCCGUUCAUGGCGAGGAAGCGUACGCGUUGUGGGGUGAUGGCGAUUAUGAUCCUUCUAGGCAAGAUCCUAAAUAUUCGGAUGAUAAAUUGCCCCACCAGGCAUCUAGUGGUGCUACUCAGGUGGUCUAGGGGGCGCAAGUUCGCUUUCUAAUUAAGUCUUUUGUCCAAAUUUAAUUCAAGUCUCCGAAUUGGUGGGUGCUUAA